AUGUUUAGACUCACUAGUAAAAAUAUAGUGAGAAAAAGGUUUUUAAUUGAAAAAAAUAAUGAUACUGGAGAAAACUAUUCUAGCGAUUUAAGCAAAAUAAAUAUUAAUGAAAUACAGUCAUCACAGCAUGACAAAGAAAAUACCCCACCAAAUAAUACUGAUAGAUAUCAUAAAAGAUUGAGAUCAGAAAACGAGAAUGACUGCCAAUUAGAAAGUCAUUUUUGUGAUGGUGCAACAAAUGCAGCUACGUCCGAGGAAUCUAGAACACUGCGCACGUAUGAUUCAUUGUAUGAAACGUUCUUAAUUUGGAAAGAUCUUAUUAUAACAUUCAUCAGUAAUUUACUGGGUUAA